AUCAGGGAAUGACUUGCGCCACAGUCAGCGCAGAGCGCACCAACUUCACCGUUUCUCAAGGCUAAUAAAAGGGUGGAAAAAGAGGAGCAGUCUGUCACUUCUGCAAUUCUGCCGUCUGCGACCACCAGCCCACCUCGUCUCUUUCACUCUUUGCCUCCCUCUGCCCUCAGUGAAAUCAGAACUUGUUAAAUAACCCAUCAAAGCUUCCACUUCACUGCCCAUUGCCCACUCUCUCUCUCCUCAGUCUCCGUCUUUCUUCAACCCAAAACAAGCAAAUAGCUGCACAAGUUUCCUAUCUUUUUCCUUUUCGUGCUUCCUUUCUUUCCUCUGCAAAUUCUCCCACCGUCCGGUUCCCCUCAGCUCUACCCACCCGGCUACCGGAAUUCAGUUAACUAACGAAACCCGCCGGAAUGGUACUAUGGAUCCUCCGCUUAUAAACGAGUCGUCAUUCUCCGCUGCCAACCCUUCCUCCUACAGCUUGGCGGAGAUUUGGCCAUUUCAGGGGAUCAAUGUGGAAGCCGGUGAUGGUGGGUUGGGCCUCCGUAUGGGCAGUUUACCCACGGCCGCUGCAAUUGGGUUUGGUAUCGGACAGCGAGAUGGGUCUGCUGAGGAAUCCACGGUGACGGACCAUAGUGGCGCGGCCGGAAAUGCCAGGAAGCGGAGGGAUUUCAGCUUCGAGGAUGAGUCUUCUAGAAUAGUUUCCACAACAAGCAGUGGCAAUGAAUUGGAUGAUUCCAAGAAUAAACGGAUGAAGCCAUCAGGGUCCAGAAGUGAAACUGGUAAUUCAAGAGCUGAGCCAAAUUCUAGUGCCGAUAACACGGCAGCUGAUCAAAGCAAGCCCUCUGAGCCGCCUAGGCAAGAUUUCAUUCAUGUGAGAGCAAGAAGGGGCCAAGCCACUGAUAGCCACAGUCUUGCUGAAAGAGCGAGGCGAGAAAAGAUAAGUGAGAGGAUGAAGAUACUUCAGGAGUUGGUGCCUGGUUGUAACAAGGUAAUUGGCAAGGCGCUGGUACUUGAUGAGAUCAUAAAUUAUAUUCAAUCAUUACAACGGCAGGUUGAGUUCCUGUCAAUGAAGCUCGAAACUGUGAAUACGAGGAUGGGCAUGAACUCAGCCAUGGAAGGUUUUCAUCUUAAGGAUGUAAGUCUACUUUUACAAAAUACUAGUGGGUUACCUAUGAUUUCUGAACUCGUUGACGUUUGAAUCGAACCGGACUGAACCAAGUAUAAUUCAAUUAUCACAUUUGUAGCCUUUUCUGGUUUUGAUUCCAUUAAUUUUCUGAGAAAUAAAGAAAAAGGCUGACCGAAUUGGAACAGGAUAGGACCGUAUCAGAUCAAAUGCACUUUUAAUCUGACUCUGGCCCUCAGUUUCCUUGAUAUUCAAUCCCAUUCUAUGUUGAUUUGGUCCGAUCUUGGACCAGCCUGAACAAUCCCCACCCUGUUGAAGGCUUGCAGUGCAGGGCAAGAUUAGUAAACAGGACACCAAGAUUUAGUGUCCCCGUCCCUUUGUACUCUGCACUCAUCCAUUUGAUGCUCCUGGGAUGAUGUUUGGACAACAAGCAUCGAGGGAAUACGUGCAAGGACCACAAGCGGAAUGGCUACACAUGCAGGUUGGUGGGGGUUUUGAAAGAUCAUCAUGAUCGUGAAGCAAGCAGCUAUAGAUUUGUUCUCCUUUGGUUCUCAUUAUUGAUUUAAAUGGUGUUGAAUAUGUUUUCCUUUGCCUACCUAGUUGUGAGACUCUUGUACUUUGUAAUCUUGUAUCAUGUGUACAAAGAAACCCUAUUCAUUGUGUGUCAUACCCGCGGAUUCAUCGAUUCGAAAAACCCUGAUACAGCAUAGUGAAUUCAGUUUGCAAAUGGUGAAACUAUAUUGGAAAGUUGUAAGCUCUUUUUCCUCCAACUAGUGAUUUCAAGCUAUAAAUU